GCCAGGAGGGCGAUCUCGGCCUGAGGGGGGCUGCAAAACCAAGCAGCCGUAGCGCAUGCCACAGGCACACCCCGAGAGAUAAAUUAAUUUGUUACGAAGCGAUAGCAUCCAAUCGAGCAUGUGGUGAUACCUCAUCUGCGUCAGACCUGUGCAAACAGAUGACACUACAACAAGCACUGGACUAGACUAUUUAAGGAGCAGCAUUUCAAACGGUUAAGAACUUAUCGAACCUGAACAGUACUCAUUCUGAUUUGAAGGAGGAAAAACUAUCUUCAUUAAAGCUAUGUACAGCGGUAUCUGCAUCUACGUGUUCCUUGCUGUGCUCUCCAUGAGCGCUUUCGGACAGCAGGCUACAGGCUCGCACAAUGACAAUCCGGUGGCCACUGAGCUUGAGCAGAGCUUGACAGAACAUCACCGACAUGUUCGUGUCCCUUCAUCUGCUGGCCAGCUGAAACCUAUCCAGCGGCUGGAUGGAAAUGUUGACCAAAAAGCCAACUUUGGAGCUUUGUUGGCCAAAUAUCUCCAACAAGCCAGAAAAGGUCCUACUGGAAGAAUCUCAGUUAUGGGAAACAGGGUACAGAACAUUGACCCUACACACAGGAUAAACGACAGAGAUUACAUGGGUUGGAUGGAUUUUGGACGCCGCAGUGCUGAAGAGUACGAGUACUCCUCUUAAAGAAUAUCAAACUAUCUCAAAAAUAAGAAUCACACUCAUUUCUAUACAGAAGGAAAAAAUUAUAAUUUGUUAUCCCCAAUCAGUGUUUAAAACAUAUAUUAUAUCCUUGAUAUAAAUGUCUGUAAAACUAUACAAUGCAAUAUAUACAUAUGCAGAAUUUUAAAAAAUACUUUCUCCUAUGGUUUCUUAUUUUAUUGUUCAUUGUUGAUACUAUACUCAAGUUAUUUCAUGUAUUCCCCUUGUCCUGUCACAGCAAGUUGCUGGGUGUCUUAAAAUAAACUCAAGCAGGAAAAUGCCUUCUUAGAGUAUAUGUGUUAAGCAAUCAUACAGGUGAAGAACCACUUUUUAAAUUAACCUUGCAGCAUUCUCUUUGGUUGUAGUCUCUAGAGAUAACUUGUGUUGGUGUCAGUUUAGUAGCACAGUUUUGGCCACAAAAGGUCAAGUAUCUUCAUGGUUACCCCAUUUGUAAAAGAUUCAGUAAUACAACAAAGUCACAUGUUUUCAGUGAAUGUCCAAUAGAUCUAAAUCUUUAGAAAAACCUUUUAUCUUCUUGGCUCAGUUAUUUUCUGUUUUGACUUAAAUGUGAAAAUUCUGCUAACUGCUCUGAAUCAUGGAAUAAAUA